AUGGCCACCGAACGUGAAAGCAAGACUUUCCUCGCCAGACUGUGCGAGCAGGCUGAGCGCUACGAUGAGAUGGUUACCUACAUGAAGGAAGUCGCCAAGAUCGGUGGUGAACUCACCGUUGACGAGCGCAACCUCCUCUCCGUCGCCUACAAGAACGUUGUCGGUACCAGACGUGCCUCGUGGCGCAUCAUCUCCUCGAUCGAACAGAAGGAGGAGCAAAAGGGUUCCGACAAGCACGUUACCAUCAUUCGCGACUACCGCCAAAAGAUCGAGACCGAGCUCGAGAAGGUCUGCCAGGAUGUCCUCGACGUCCUUGACGACUCCUUGAUCCCCAAGGCCGAGUCUGGCGAGAGCAAGGUCUUCUACCACAAGAUGAAGGGUGACUACCACCGUUACCUCGCUGAGUUCGCCUCCGGCGACAAGCGCAAGACUGCCGCCACUGCUGCCCACGAGGCCUACAAGAGCGCUACCGACGUUGCCCAGACCGAGCUCACCCCCACUCACCCCAUCCGCCUUGGUCUUGCCCUCAACUUCUCAGUCUUCUACUACGAGAUCCUGAACUCUCCCGACCGCGCAUGCCACCUCGCCAAGCAGGCCUUCGACGACGCCAUUGCCGAGCUCGACUCGCUGUCAGAGGAGUCCUACCGCGACAGCACCCUGAUCAUGCAGCUCCUCCGCGACAACCUCACCCUCUGGACUUCCUCCGAUGGCAACGAGCCAGAGCCCGCCGCCGCCUCCGACGCCCCCAAGGCCGAGGAGUCCAAGACUGCCGAGUCUGUCGAGGAGCCCAAGGCCGAGGCCUCGUAA